AUGGAUAAUUCAGCUACUUCAUGGUUCUCUGAUCUGGGAAUGGAGGAUCCAUUUCUGAGUGAUCAAUGCGACAUUAUGGACUUCUUUGAUGAAGACAUCUGUGCUGCACUUGGAAACGACUUUCAGGGUUCUCUGCCUUCAGAAAGCAACUCCCCCUCAUGCAUUUCCCACCUGAUUCCAAGAAGCAGUUCCACUACGGCUUUAUGUAAUGCAUCAUCUUCAGCUGUGGAAGUUCCUCAGCCAGCUGCCAACUUGUGUGCAUCUUCAGCCAUUGAAAUUCCUCCAGCUGAAGUUGAAAGACCAGCCAGACAGCUCAAGCGCAACCGCUCCAUUCCGGUAAUCCUCGCUUUUGGCAACCCUAGUCCUACAGAAACAGUGAAUCCUCGACAAGUUAGUCUAGGAGGCUUGAACCCUGAGGAUGAUGCGGUUUCUGAGGUUUUGACAUCCCGUGUUUCGUUUCCAAAUCUUGAGGAGGCUACUAAAAGUGCCCCGGCACCUAAGAAAGGUCGUACCAGGCCAGCAUCACAAACAUAUGACCAUAUUAUAGCUGAAAGAAAGCGAAGGGAGCAGCUCAGCCAACGAUUUGUGGCUCUUUCAGCCAUCGUUCCCGGCCUCAAGAAGAUGGAUAAAACCUCAGUCCUUGGAGAUGCCAUCACAUACUUAAAACAUCUCAAGGAAAGAGUCAAGACACUAGAGGAGCAAGCCACAAAGCAGAAAAUGCAAUCGGUGGUGCUUGUGAAGAAAUCCCAACUCGUAGUUGAAGACGAGGGAUCUUCGGAUGAGCAACGUCCACUACCUGAAAUUGAGGCUAAACUUUGUGAUAAGAAGGUUCUUCUAAGAGUCCAUUGUGAAAAUCAUAGAGGAGUGCUAGUUAAAGUGCUUUCUGAAAUUGAAAAGCUCAAUCUUGCUGUUUCUAACACGAGUGUGGCACCAUUUGGAAGUUUGGCUCUUGACAUUACAAUCAUUGCUGAGAUGGAUAAAGAAUUCAGCCUGACCAUGAAAGAAUUGGUUCAAGGUCUUCGAUCCGCUCUUCAGCGUGCAGCACGGGAUUCUUGA